ACAGCGAUCGGCGAGCUGUGGAAUAGGCGUGCAUUUGUGUUACUCAAACGCAGAAAACAUUCAGUGAAAACGUCCACAGAAAACCCGCUUUAAGAGUGACUGGGACCGAGUUAUUUUUCCAUCCUUUUCUGCCUAUACCUAUGGAGCACCAUUUCCUGAUGAGACUGUGGUGAGUGAGGUGCAGCCCUGUCACGCCCACAGCGCCCCCUUUCGGCCCGGACGGCACACCAUGCCCCGGCGCCUAUGAAAGGGUACCAUGUCAGCCGGAGCAUGUCUCAGCAUUCCUCGGGUGGUGGUGGAGGAGGUCCCUGCCACUGCACGCCUGAUGACUGUGACGGUCCAGGCAGAGACUACUACCACGGUCACAGCGAUGGCCACUUUUACCCUGGGGGAGGUCCCGUUGAGGCCCUGGCGCUGGAGAGGCACCACUCCCGCUCACACUCCCAUAGUCACUCUGGAGGAGGCACCUUUCCCCGCUCCCACCCCAACCAGCACCCACCUCUCCAGUCAUUUGACUCUUGUGAAGAGUGCCUAUCCUCAGGCCACGGGGGGAAGAUGCACCGCAUGCCCUCAAACAUGAUGGACCAGUUUGAGAAGCAGGUGCCCUUCCAUCAUGAUGGCUUCCACACACUGCAAUACCAGCGCACUGCCAGUGGGGGUGCUGAGCAACGCAGUGAGAGCCCUUCGCGCAUACGCCACUUGGUCAAUUCGGUGCAGCGCCUCUUUGCCAAGUCCCAUUCCCUGGAGGCGCCAUCCAAACGGGAGUACAACGGUACGAGGGGAGGAGGGGACUACAGGAGCGAGAGAGGUGGGGGCCACAGGAGUGGAGGGGAGGAGGGCCACUACUCAGGCCACCAGUCUCGCUCCACCAGGAGGAACAAGUCUCGAGAACGUAGCAAGAGUGGAGACUCGCGGCAUGAGUCAGGCAGACGCCACCGCAGCCGGACAGCGGGCUGGUGGAGCUCCGAUGACAACCUCGACAGUGACAGCAGCUACUUGGUAGGUGGGGGUAGACCGGGGUAUCCCAGAGGACAUGAGAGCCUGGAUGCUGCCAUUCAGGAGCUCACCAUGAAGAAGCCCAAGGAACGAGGCGGCGGACCGGGGUCUGGGGAGUGCAUGGCCUGCACAACAAUGGCUCUGGUGGGGAGUGAGGGAGGAGGAGGACAGCACGGGCAUCACGGUCACUCCCUGAAGAGGAGCACCUGGUCAGCCAUGACAGUGAGUCAGGCUAGAGAGGUGUAUCCUUCUACCAGAGGAGGAGCCUAUGACAAAGCCCUGGUGCCCAUUGAGAGCAAGCUCAAGGAGAGGACCUUCCACUAUCUCCAGGUCCCUUCAGAAGACUGGGGAGGUGGUUAUGGUGGUGGCGGAGCAGCUGACAGCGGAGGGGAGAUCCCUUGCCGUCGCAUGCGGAGUGGCAGCUACAUCAAAGCCAUGGGCGAUGAUGACAGCGCCGACUCGGACACGAGUCCCAAAGCCUCGCCCAAGUCCACGCUGAUUGCCCAGAGGGAAGCCUUCAGACGAUCUAUCAGCAUGGAUCAAAGGCACUCGUGUAAACAGUGUACAGAUUCUUACCCUAACAGCAGAACCACACCCAAGACCCACACCCGCUCCCGUAGCUACACCCGCUCUUUGACCAGCACACAGCUCGGAGAGACGUUAAACCGUCAGUUCGAAGCCGUGUGUGGGACCAUGUUCGGGGAGGUGGAGUCUCAAGCUGUCGAAGCCCUGGAUCUUCCAGGAGUGUUCCGCACUCGCAGCCACAGCUACGUUCGCGCCAUCCAGGCCGGAUGUUCCCAGGAUGACGACUGUCUCUCCGUCUUCUCCAUGUCUGGCCCCCAGGGAAGCAUCAAGGGCGGGGCCGUCUUUCCUUAUCGUAAAGGUGCUCCUCCUCCACUCCCACCCCGCAUGUCAAAGUCUUCACUUUCGGUGCGAGCCCAGAGCAGCACAGAGUCCACCCAGGAUGCCUACUUCCAGAGCAGCGGGCAGUUGGUCUCAAGCUCCGGUCCCGGACGCCCCAAGCAGCACAGCAACUCCGUGGACCUGGGUAACUCUGACGGGCCAUCGGGCCGCACCUCCAGAGGAGGCUACUACACUGGCAGCGGACCCGGGCGUUCCCGACAGCACAGCAACUCCGCAGAGAGCCUGGACGGGGUUCGGGGCUCAAGAGAGCUGGUGCCCUAUGGAGGGGGUCCUGGAGUCGGGGUGAGAGCCAAACACAGCAGCUCAGCUGACAGCCUUCUGGAGGGUCCGCCAAGGCCAGCAAGAGAGAGGGAUGGCAGAGUGGGAGGCAGUCUGGGGAAAUCAGCCUCUCUGCCUCAGAACAGCAUCAUGCUGAGUAAAGCUGGAGGGCAGGACGAAGGGCGUGCUGUCAGAAAGUGGAGGCCAUCCAUAGCUGUGCAGGUGGAUAGCUCAGAGACCCUUUCAGAUUCCGACACGGAGGGCAAAGCUCUGACCGAGGUCCACUCUGUAGGAGUCCAAGUGGAAGACGACAAAAGGAGAGCUCGUUUCAAGCGCUCCAACAGCGUGACGGCGAGCGUGCAGGCCGACCUGGACCCCGAGGGCUUCCCGGGAUUGAGCAUCGCUGUGCCGAUGCAGGACAAAAGUCUCCAGUUUGGCUGCUCCUUCCAAAGGCACUCGUCUGAGCCCGAGUCCGCCAGCCAGUAUACAGAGUGCCAUCGCACCGUCCACACACAGGGACAGUGGGCCUACAAAGAGGACUUUAUCCAGACUGGCUACACCACUGAGGCCUGUCAAGCUGACACACGGCCCCACCAGCAACCGCACCUGCCUCCACGUUCCCACUCUCCUCUCCCCAUUACCUCUGAGCGAGCUUGGGCGGGGACACCGUCCCUAGAGGGUCCCCGGAGCCUGCCCGACUCGGGCCGAGCCUCUCCCUGCAUGAGAGAUGGAGAGUUCUUCUUACGCCUCCUGCAGACAGAGGUGGAGAGGAUGGAGGGCUGGUGCCAGAACAUGGAGAGAGAAGCAGAGGAGAACGAACUUCCGGAGGAGAUUCUUGAACUGAUUCGAAACGCAGUUGGCAGUGCCCAGAUGCUCAUGUCUCAGAAAGUCCAGCAGUUCUUCCGCCUCUGCCAACAGAGUGUGGACCCAUCAGCCUACCCUCAGCCCACGUCUCAGGACCUGGCUGCCUUCUGGGACCUGCUCCAGCUCAAUAUAGAGGACGUCAGGGUCAAGUUUCAGGAUCUCCAGAGGCUCAAGGACUCUGGUUGGAGGCUCCCGCCUGAAAAGAAGGAGGACAAGAAGCUUCCUCCACCCUUACCAAAGAAGCCAGCAGGUGGGGUGAGUGGCAGCCUCCGGGCUGAUAGCGUUGGGGAUGGGGUUGCUGGAGGUGGAGGAGGAGGUGGGUCAGGGGGCCUGGUGGUGCCUCGCGUCGGUGGGCACACCCUGCCCAUCAGGGAGAAGUCAAUGGACCUCGGGGACCGUCAGAGGACAGAAGCGAGGAGGCGGCUGCUGCAGACCCGGCGCACUGCCUCCUUCAGGCAGAAUUCGGCAACAGAGAGCGCCGACAGUAUCGAGAUCUACAUCCCCGAAGCCCAGACUCGACUCUGAACACCGAGCUGAGGUGUUUCCCUCCCACCUUCUCACCCACCCUCACCCCCUGCAAAGCUGGCCAAUCUCAGUCUGUCUCCGAGCCCAGUUUUGGAUCCGCACGCUGUUAAUGCGCUACUCCCCUCUAGCAUUUCCAUCGAAAUCAGUUAUCAUACUCAUUAAACAAGCAAUGACAGCCAUCGUAGUGUCUUGAAAUUUGGAUAUUUUACAGACACAGAGGCCUAAACGUGGAAUGGUAGCUAGCUAGCAGACAUUUUUAAGUCUUUUUUUUGUUUUGUUUUUGAUUAAUAUUAUGGCUGAAGACAAACAGCAGUCCACUUUUAUAACCAACCGAGGUUCACGCAGUAGUAGCAUGCCUGUGCGUGUUUACCGAGCACAUCUCCAUCACUGAAAAAUCAAGGGCUUAACAGAUACAAGAACUCAUACAGAAUCUCCCUGUAUGGAUGCCGUGUGCAGUAAAACCUCAUCCUUCUUUGUGAGGUUUCUUAAUCACAUACAAGAUGUGUCCAUUCGCUUGACUGAUGCUACCGGUGUGGAUGAACAAACAUGGAUGAAUUGAGCAUCGGUUCUAAUGCCCUUAAAGUCAGAUGGCUGGCAAACCCCAAAGAACAUCCCUCCCAGUCGUUGUCAGCCAACUACAGCUUGCACCUUUCACCCAGGUGCCAUCUGUCCCCGGCAGCACUCAGUCAGAGAGUAUGAAAUCACUUUAAGUUUCUCUCUUUCGUUCCUCAAAUCCCGUGUUUUCGUUUGACUACCCUCAGCAUUCAGCAGUCAGGCUGUUUGAACGGGCAAGUGCUAUUUGUACAUAGAGUGCACAGUCAUGUUUGCCAGAAGGAGCUUUUGCAGUGUAGCAUCACAGCCUUGAUGGCUAGAGAGCACUGCAGACAUAAAAUAAAUAAAAAACUAGGGGAGAGAAGCUGUUUGCUUCUUAUGUAGUCCUUCUGAAGUUUCAAGCGUUCAGGGGUGGGGUUUCUGUGAGCUUUUAGAGGAGAAUAUAUUUUCCAAGGCUAUACAGGACUCUGCUGAGAAAGCCCCCUUUUUCACUGUGAGACUAUAGCACCACCAAGUGGUUAAAUGAGGACCCAAACUAAUAACAAUGGUCUGUAGGAAGUUCUCGCCACUUCAGUCAGGAAUUAACAGACACCCCAAUGAAACAGCCAUGACGGAAGAUGGGGGGUUUUUGGGUGGGGUGGGGCUCUUUUUGUUGUUGUUUUUCGUGCUUUUUUGCACUUAAUCAGUGCUUUCCCUGGCGCGCAGUGCAUUUUCUCUUCUCUUAGAAAUUGUUUCAGUGGAUUUCCCCCUACUGCUUAAUUAAGAGGGCAGCAGAUCGCAAAAUAAAAGAACCGUCAAAGUCUUCAGCAGAAUCUGCUUGCCUAACUCGAAGUGCCGUCCUCUCAAUCACACAGAGCCCUGAUUACAAAGAAGGGAUGAUUUCUCUGAAGGGAAGUAAACAAAAAAGAGUGGUAUUCAGUGAACAGCAGUGGCCUACGAAACCUCCCCAAAGAGACAUCAAACACAGGAAACCGCCGAGCUGCCAGACAGAGUCUGGCAACUGUGGUGAAAUUAGCUAAUACUUGAUUGAGUGGACGUGUGCGUGCUUUGUUUCUCGUUAUUGACUUCCUGAAAUUCUCUUCUCUGUGGUCUCCGCUCUGAAAAGUGUAGCACGAUUUGAAGAGUUUUUGAAGGGGGCCUCAUUUGCAAAUCUACUUCAUAACAGAUAUUUCUGAUACAAGUGUUUUGUAUGGAUGUUGCACAGAAAAAUGGCAUGUGUGUGUGAAUGCACUGGAAUUAAUGCUUACACAGGGCUGCGAGUCACAAGGGACAUGUGACGAAGCCCGGCGAAUACUAAAAAGUCCAAAUCUGCCAUUUUGACGAUAGAAAAAAAACCAAACCCACACACACUUAAAUUUGAAAAAUCUUUUAGCAUGACCUGUUUUUUCUUUUUUUCUAAUAUUUGGAUGGAAUGUGUUGGAAAAAUGGGAUAUUUUAUUGGGAGAUGUAUAUUUUAUAAUAUAAUCCACAUUUCUAGAUUAGUAGAGAUUAUUGAGUACAGUAUAUGUACGAAUUUAAAAAAAGCAUAUAUCAAAUGUGAAAUUCUACAGUAUUAUUAUGAUAGAUUAUAGCAUUGUGUGAUACUACAGUUGUGUGGCAUAUCCAGACUCAGUACAUGUGAAAAAGAAUCUCAAAUGAAUAUUAUUAUCUUCAGUGUGUGAGUCAGGUUCACAGGGUAUAACUGGCAAGAGUGUUAAUUGCCAAGUGUGAGCCUCCUUAGGCCUACUGUAUAUCUUCUUCUGUGGUUCUAAUGACAUAUACUGCUGUAUCCCCUUCCUGUAUUUCCUCUUUAGAGCCAACUACAUGUGCCUAACCAGCUAUAUGUGGAGGUUUCCUUUGAACACAGUUUACAGUAUAUAAAGAAAUGUAAAUAGAAAAGUAUAAAAUAUACAGAGAAUAUUGUUAAAGAAACUCUUUUUACUGUACUGACACACCAUCUUUGAUCUCCCCCACUUUCACUUGCAAUACCCACACAAGACUGGCAAAUUCUAUUGAUGUUAAUACUGCAUGCUUUAUUACAGCUUCCUUUA